AUGUCGUGGCAUGUAUGUGCACCAGAUGAAGCCACUCCGCUGGAGCGCCUCGCGCAGAAUCUCCUGGGUGGAGAUGGUGGGGAAUUGAGAACAAGCCCAUCGCAUUCCUUCGAGAUGUACGUGGUGGCUGCCGAUGUCGUAAUUAGCAUGAAAGAACUCGUCCCACAUGAGACGCUACUGGCGAAUGGGUCCUUGAACUCCUUCGACGAGAGCCAAGGCAAUGCCAUGUUCGUAUCACAUCAGUGGGCGAGCUCCUCUCAUCCGGAUCCAAACAUGGAGCAGUUUUGUGUAUUGCAGGAUGCUUUGAAAAACAUUAUGUCUGCCAAGAGGCUCUUCGUUUGGUACGACUUCUUCUCCUGUCCGCAGUCUGCCUCAGCCGAACAGCCGCGUCAGUUGGCCAUACGAAGCAUUCCGACUUACGUGGACAGGUGCCAGUUCUUCAUCAUCCUCUGCCCCCCUGUGCAGCACACAGAGCAGGAGUUCACUCUGAACCGCCGCAGUUGGGAAAGCCGAGGGUGGUGCAGGUUAGAGCGCAUGGCGCAAGAGCUGACGACAAGGGCUGAUGCAUGCUUCGCCGUAGAGUUCAAGAGUGCUACUCACCACGAGGAAGUAGCACCCUUCGGCCGCGAGAAGGCCCCUGUAGGACUAGGGCAUUUUACUGUGGAGUCGGAUCGGCAAAUGAUAGCGCAGGUUUUACAAGGCAUGGUGCGGAGGAAGCUGCACUCAUAUCUGCUGCAGGGCGAGGUUCACAACUACCGAUUAAUGCUGAACCUGCAGCGUGUCCACUACAGGGGUCUCCCCCUAAAUCCAAUUGAUGACCUGGUGCCAGCAGUUCAGUCCGGCACGCAAGACCCGGCUAAGUUCGCUGCAGAAAGCUUUCUGCUCCAGAAUGGUUUUCAGUCCGUCUCUGAGCGAACAGCUGCUGGCUGGACUCCAGUCUGCUUUGCUGCUUUGGAUGGCAGUCCGCUGUUGAUGAUGGCGCUUCUAGAGAUGCGUGCAAAUGUAGAUGAUCGCAUCGAGAAUACGCAGCCAUCGAGCACAUUCGGACAGAACGCUCACUUGAUCCACAUGUGCGCCUUCCUUUCGAACAACGAUGCUCUCCAUGUCCUCUUGGGCUGUCGGGCAGAUUUGAGGUUACUGGAUCGCUACGGAGCGACGGCGCUUCAUUGGGCCGCCUUUGCAAACAACGUGAAUGGCAUUGAUGCUUUGCUUUCGGCUGGCGUAGAUCCGAUUCGCCGGAAUAUCCUGGAUGCUACAGCCUUUCGAGUGGGAGCUCUUGCAGGUUCCAUCGAAGCUAUGAAGGUACUGCUGCCUCUGACGCCAAGUCAAGAAGUUCACCUUUCCGUGCACGAUGCCCUCCUCCAUGGCGCGGGAACUGCAGAGGUGAUGUCGGCUUUGAUCACGAUGAAAGCGGAUGUAAACCACCAGUUAGCAACGCCGUUUUUGAGCCCACUAGGCAUUUGGUUCGGAUGCCUCAGUUUGCGACACCGAUGGAGCGAAUCGAAGCUGAGUGCUUAUGCAUACCAUCACUACAGCGCCACCCCUCUCAUGGGCAGCAUCAUAACGACAUCCUUUGAGGCUACCAAGGCCCUGCUGGCAGCAGGAGCCCGAACAGAUCUGCGAAAUGCACGAGGGCGGACUGCAGCCGACUUAGCCAUUGAGAUGGGAGCUCCUGAUUAUGUCCUUUCUGCAUUGGCGGAUCCUACUUAUGCUUGCGUCUCUGACGUGGGCACAGAAGACUCGGACAUGUGCACAACCAGGCUGUAG